AUGGAAGAAGUCGUAAAAAUUUUACAAAAUAUACAAGAUGACGUAUCAAAGAAUAAGCAAGAAAUGAAAGAGAUGGAACUAAAUAUUAAAGAAUUUAUAAAUAACAAAAUAGAUGAAAAAUUUCUCAUUUUCGAAACCAAAAAUAAAGAGUUGGAAACAAAAAUUGAACAACAACAAAAAACUAUAGAUAUCUUAGAUAAACAACUCAGAAGAAAAAACGUUAUAUUUUUUGGAAUUGAAGAGAAAGAGAAAGGGUAUGAAAGUUUACUCUCCAUAGUGUUAGAUAUUAUCAACAACCAGAUGAAAAUACCUUGCCAGAAAUGGGAAAUCGAACACGCUAAUAGGAUAGGAAAAAACACAGGUAAAAUCAGGCCAGUAGUUGUCACAAUUACAACAACAAGCAGGAAAAUAGAGAUACUUAAGAAGAAAAAAUCGCUGAAGGAUGCAAAUAUUUACCUAAAAGAAGAUUUUCCGCCUAACGUGUUGCAAAAACGAAAAGAAUUACAAGAAGACCUUAAACGCGAGCGCGAGACAGGAAAAAGAGUAAUUUUACGCUACGACAAAAUUGUGACACUAAAAACACGCGAAUCUGAAAUCCGUACACCCACAGAAAGGAACAAAAAUAAACGUCUUAUGUCUAUAUCACCUGAAGAAACAUUUAAGGAAACGGGAACAGAAAGCAGCAACGAAAGGACAAAACAAAUAACUAAAAGAAACAAAUCACAAACUAUAACUAGCUUCUUACGCCCGUCGCAGCUGAACCUUAACGAACAGGCACCACCAACGGUUAAUGCGAAAGAUACUCAAAAAAACUAA